UGAACAAUUUGGCCCGUAGCCUAUUUGCAUUCAGCCAUGGCAGCAACAAUGGCAAAGUUUCCACUCUUGGGCUAUUUUGGAGGCAAAAAACAGCUCCAAAAAAGAAGGGAUUUCUCCAUAGCAGCUCAGCAGUCACAAGUCCAAGAGUCGCAAGAGAAAGCAGAGGAGGAGAGAGAGAGUGUGAGGACAGAGAAAGUGCUGGGAACGGGAGGCACACCACUGAGGCCGGUGGAGAAGCAGGUGAACGUGGAGAGCAAGAACAUGGGGAGGGAGUACGGUGGGGAUUGGCUGAGCAGUGCCACGAGGCACGUCAGGAUCUACGCAGCUUACAUUGACCCAGAGACAUGUGCCUUCGACCAGACUCAGAUGGAUAAGCUUACUAUUAUUCUGGACCCCACCAAUGAGUUUGUGUGGACUUCUGAGUCCUGCAACAAGGUCUACUCUUACUUCCAAGAGCUUGUGGAUCACUAUGAGGGAGCUCCAUUGACAGAGUACACUCUCCGUCUGAUCGGAUCGGACAUCGAGCACUACAUAAGGAAGCUGCUAUACGAUGGGGAAAUAAAGUACAACAUGGAUGCCAGAGUCCUCAAUUUCAGCAUGGGCAAGCCUCGCAUGAUGUUCAAUAACAAUGACAUUCAACCUCAAGAUGUACAACAGUCAUAAGAUUUCAACACACUGGCUGUAAACAGAUGGUGAAUAUUUAUAUUAAUUCGAUUCUGAUACGUUAAUUUC